UUUCCCUUUGUCUUUGAACGUUAUGAAAUUUUGACACAUAAAAAUCUACCAACCUAAGCGCAUGAAAUAAACAUUUGACAUUUCUAUAAAAAUUGUGCUGUGGAAGUUACAUAAAAAGGAGAAAUGUUACGAUCCGCUGCCGCAUUAGUAAACAAAUCUCCAAAGCUCCUGGCCGCAGCUGGUGACAUGUCCCUGUCGAGGUUGGGAGGUGUUUUUGGGCCAGCGGUGAACACUUGUAUGGCACUUCGCUUGCAAAACACCAUGCCAACAGUGAAUCCAGAAGAGCCUCUUCCCAAGAAGGGUUACUCUCCAUUCGGAACCAAACAGAGUAAUAUGAGCGAAUGGGCUGUUGCUCGUUUGGACGAUUUGCUUAAUUGGGGUCGCAAGGGUUCAAUUUGGCCAUUGACAUUCGGUUUGGCUUGUUGUGCCGUAGAGAUGAUGCACAUCGCUGCUCCUCGUUAUGACAUGGAUCGAUAUGGUGUUGUUUUCCGAGCUUCUCCACGUCAAGCUGAUGUUAUUAUUGUCGCUGGUACCCUGACAAAUAAAAUGGCACCAGCAUUGAGGAAGGUAUACGAUCAGAUGCCUGAACCACGUUGGGUUAUCUCAAUGGGAAGCUGUGCCAACGGUGGUGGAUAUUAUCACUACUCAUACUCUGUUGUCCGUGGAUGUGACAGGAUUAUUCCAGUCGAUAUUUACGUACCUGGAUGCCCUCCGACAGCUGAAGCUCUCAUGUACGGAGUGUUGCAACUGCAAAAGAAGGUCAAGCGCAUGAAGACCCUUCAAAUGUGGUACAGGAAGUAAAUUAUUUAAAUGUUAUUCGAUAGAAAUAAAACAAAAAGAUGAACGAAGGAAAAGGCUGUUUGUUUAUUAAUUUUUUUAAA